GAGCCCCCGCCGAAGGCGCCGCGUGCAGCUGCCCAGGGAGGCGGGAACUAGAGCCGCGGAGGCUAGAGCUCCAUCUUUCCGGACCCUCCCAAUUCUGGGGCGCUCACCCCCUGCCUCCUGGAUUCUGCUCCCCCCCCCAAGGGAAGCUCGCUCUCAGCUUUUCAAGACCGGAAGUUCCCUGCACCAAGACCAGCAGGGACCCUGCCCACAGAUUCUUAGGGAGCCUUUCCCCUGGCCUCCGAGACUCAGGGACCCCCCCCCAUCCAGCAUUCUUAGGAAGUGCAUACGUUCUGGCCUCACUGGGAAGAACAUCCGAGACUCUACAGGAGAGUUUGCCGUGGGCUCCUCCCAAAGAUUGUCAGGGAGCCCUGCCACCACUAGAAGGCUUCCCGGAAGGCAGGUCGUGGCCUCGAGUCUGGAGAAGAGCAUUGGUUAAAUCCCGCAGAGCUUGGAGGCUGACUCUUGAACCCUGACCUGCACUGGCCGCAUCAAAGGAUAAUUAAAUAAUAAGCACAUCCUAUUCUAGAACUCUCUCUGAGCUCCCCCAACCCCCAUCGAAUGGUGGCUGGAUCUGCUGGCCAGGGAACCAGAAGAGUGGUUCUGAAUAUUCCCCAGAGCAUCCUGAAAAGUUGGUCCUCUGUCAGUACGGAUUGAUUGUCUCUUUGGAGGCCUCUUUCAAUGUCUUUCCGAAAUUAACUCUUAAGAAGAACUGUGGCACCCCAACUAGAAUUUUUUUUGGUGUAGAAAACAUUAGGAUAAGUGGUUAAAAGCAUAAGUCUUCUGGGUGGGCCGUAGAGACCCACAUGUUUAGAUUUUGACAAGACUAGCAAUCAUGGCAUUUACUAAUUACAGCAGUCUGAAUCGAGCUCAGCUGACAUUUGAAUAUCUACAUACAAAUUCAACCACCCAUGAGUUCCUGUUUGGAGCCCUUGCUGAGCUCGUGGACAAUGCCAGAGAUGCUGAUGCCACCAGAAUAGAUAUUUAUGCAGAGCACCAGGAGAACCUCCAGGGAGGCUUCAUGCUCUGCUUUCUGGAUGACGGUGCGGGAAUGGAUCCAAGUGAUGCCGCCAGCGUCAUCCAGUUUGGGAAGUCAGCCAAGCGGGCCCCCGAAUCCACACAGAUUGGGCAGUAUGGCAACGGCUUAAAAUCGGGGUCCAUGCGUAUUGGGAAGGAUUUUAUUCUCUUCACCAAGAAGGACGAUACCAUGACCUGCCUCUUCCUGUCUCGCACGUUUCAUGAGGAAGAAGGUAUUGAUGAGGUGAUUGUACCGCUGCCCACCUGGAGUGCCUGUACUCAGGAGCCCAUUACAGAAAACAUGGACAAGUUUUCCACUGAGAUUGAACUCAUCUAUAAGUAUUCACCCUUCAAAUCGGAGAAGCAAGUAAUGGAUCAAUUUAAGAAGAUCUCUGGGGAGUCGGGAACACUGGUUAUCAUCUUUAACCUCAAACUCACGGAAAAUGGCGAACCUGAGCUGGACGUUGUGUCGGACCCCCGCGACAUCCAGAUGGCUGAAACGUCCCCUGAGGGCACGAAGCCCGAGCGCCGCUCCUUCCGUGCCUAUGCUGCCGUCCUCUACAUCGACCCCAGGAUGAGGAUCUUCAUCCACGGCCACAAAGUGCAGACGAAGCGACUUUCCUGCUGCUUGUAUAAGCCCAGGAUGUACAAGUAUACCUCCAACCGCUUCAAGACAAGGGCUGAACAGGAGGUGAAGAAGGCGGAGCACGUGGCACGCAUAGCGGAAGACAAGGCUCGAGAGGCUGAGAACAAAGCCCGAGCAUUGGAGCUGAGACUCGGGGGAGAUCUCACCCGGGAAUCCAGGGUGGCCUUGCGGCAGGUCCAGGGCACAGCCAUUAACCUGCGCCGGGAAGCCGACAUUAAGAAGCGCAUCAAAGAGGCCAAACAGCGGGCCCUCAAGGAACCCAAGGAGCUUAACUUUGUCUUUGGGGUGAACAUCGAGCAGCGGGAUCUGGACGGCAUGUUCAUAUACAAUUGUAGUCGCCUGAUUAAGAUGUAUGAGAAGGUGGGCCCGCAGCUUGAGGGAGGCAUGGCCUGUGGUGGGGUCGUUGGAGUGGUGGACGUGCCCUAUCUGGUUCUGGAGCCCACCCACAACAAGCAGGACUUUGCUGAUGCCAAGGAGUACCGGCAUCUGCUGAAAGCUAUGGGCGAGCACCUGGCCCAGUACUGGAAGGAUGUGGCCAUCGCCCAGCGGGGAAUCAUCAAGUUCUGGGAUGAGUUUGGCUACCUCUCGGCCAACUGGAGCCAGCCCCCAUCCAGUGAGCUUCGCUACAAGCGGAGGAGGGCCAUGGAGAUUCCCACCACGAUCCAGUGCGAUUUGUGUCUGAAGUGGCGGACACUGCCCUUCCAGCUGAGUUCUGUGGAGAGGGACUAUCCAGACACAUGGGUGUGCACAAUGAACCCUGAUGCUGAACAGGACAGCUGCAACGCGUCUGAGCAGAAGCAAAAGGUUCCCCUGGGGACCCUGAGGAAGGACUUGAAGACCCAGGAGGAGAAGCAGAAGCAGCUGACGGAGAAGAUCCGGCAACAGCAGGAGAAACUGGAAGCCCUGCAGAAAACGAUCCCGAUCCGAUCUCCAGCUGACCUGAAGAAGUUACCCCUGGAAGUGAGCGGCAGGCCUGCCGUGGAGGAGUCCCACACCAUCCGUCGACUUCCACGCCCUAGGUCCCCCCCACUGCCAGCUGUGAUUAAGAAUGCUCCAAGCCGACCCCCACCCCCACCUCCCCUGCCCCCACCAAUUCCCAGACCAGUCUUCCAGGCCAGAAGGGGCCCUCUGUCCAUCUCCCCGAGACCAGCCCAGGAGGAAGCCAGCACAUCCAGGAUGUCCCACCCAGCUCUCUCUCCCCGGAAGCCCAGCGGCACCAUUGUCAAACCGGCUCACAGAAUGGUCUCCGUGGUGAGGUCCCCCACAUCGCUUGUGCUGAAUUCCAGGCCCCCCCGUGACGUGCCCAUCCCCAAACCGGUGAAGACCCCAGUGCUCAAGAAGCCAGACCCGCCCAGUAAACCUCAGAUUGUCAGUGCCCGGAAGAGGAGCUUUCCUCAGAUGGAGGACGAGGCUGAAGAUGAUGUGGACAGGAGGAGGGAGAAGCCCAAGCGGGGCAAGGUCCUCGUGGUGAAAGAUGAGAAGAAGGAGCCCGGUGAGGUCGUUGUAGAGCUAUCAGACAGUGCCAGUGAAGAAGACCUGGCAGAACUCAAAAGAGCCCAGAAAGACAAAGGGCUGCACGUGGAGGUGCGCGUGAACAAGGAGUGGUACACGGGCCGCGUGACUGCCGUGGAGGUCAGCAAGCACGUGGUGCGCUGGAAGGUGAAGUUUGAUUACGUGCCCACCGAUACCACACCGAGAGACCGCUGGGUAGAGAAAGGCAGCGACGACGUGCGGCUGAUGAAGCCCCCCUCGCCCGAGUAUCAGAGCCCCGACACACAGCAGCAGGAGGACGAAGACGUGAUCGCCAUCGAGCCUUCAACCUCUGACUGCAUCCGCAUCGAGCCGGACACCACGGCGACCAGCAGCGGCAACGAGAGCGUGGACCUGCUGGUCCAGACCCUUCGGAAUUGUCUCCGGUAUUUCCUGCCUCCCAACUUCCCCAUCUCAAAGAAGGAGCUGAGUUCGAUGAGCCCGGAUGAACUGAUGGCCUUUCCCCUGAAGGAGUAUUUCAAACAGUAUGAGGUGGGUCUGCAGAAUCUGUGCAACUCAUACCAGACCCGCGCCGACGCCCGCGCCAAGGCCUCCGAGGAGAACCUGCGUGCGUCGGAGAGGAAGCUGCGGGAAACCGAGGAAAAGCUGCAGAAGCUGAGGACGAACAUUGUGGCGCUGCUCCAGAAAGUACAAGAGGACAUCGACAUCAACACCGAUGACGAGCUGGACGCCUACAUUGAGGACCUGAUCACCAAGGGAGACUGAGGAGGGUGCCAGCAGGGCGGCCUGGAGGUGGGCACUGUGGCCAGGGCAGUGCCUGGCCUGGCACAGAGGCGCCCUGACCCCCAGGACACUUAUGUUGUCACAAGGGAACCCUUGAAAUCUUGUAGCUCUUCAGAUCCCCUCCCUUCAUUUAUAAAUAUUUAUUUUUAAUGAAACGAGAGCCCAUGAGGUGAUGCUUUUUCAUUUACGGCCACAGGAGGCCCUUCUGCCUGGGGUUGGUCCUGCUGGAGCCCCCUCCUCUCCCCCUCCCUCUCCCCUUCCCUGCUCAUGCACGCGGGGGGCGGCAGCAUCCUCAGCUCUUGGGGAGGAAGGCUCCAAAGGAGAGGGUUGGGGCCUUCUGGGACUGAUACUCGGCGGCAUCAGUAAUUGAGGAAGUGAUGAGGGAGAGGCAAGUGCACGCUGGGCAUCCUGGCGGGUCCUCUGCCCUCAGGAGAGCGGGAUCCAGGAGGAUGCCAUUCCCUGACCUGCUGAAAAUAAAAGGUUUCAACUCUGUGCCCGCCAUCUUUGUUUCUUCCUUGGCUGGCUUGAGGACGCUUCCCACCACGUUAUACCAGGCUGUAACCUGGGCUCAAACCCCUGGGCACCCUUAGGUCAGAACCUUCCCCCCAGGCCUCAGUUUCUUCUUCUGAAAAAGGAAGACUGUGGGACUCAGUUUCCAAGGAUCCUCCUGGCGUGGGCCUAAUCUCUCCAAAUCGGAACUUGUCACUGACUGCACGGGUGCAGAUGACACCUGGCAGCCAAAUCCUUACCUGAGUCGGCUCCUGUUUUCUGUCCUGGAUUGAUGAGCAUGAGCUCACAUUUGGAAUGUGUAGUCUAUCUCUAAGCUGUAUCUGCAGAUGUGCGUAUAUAUUCAUGUGUAUGUGUGGUGAGGGUGAUCUGCACCUGGGACUUCACUGGCUCAGGGCAUCGAGAGGUGACGGGUGCGCUGGGGGGCACAGCCAGGACCAGGCGGGCCUCUGCAGAGGUGAUGUUCCUGGAGUCAGAAAGACCCAAGUUCAAGUCUGGCCACGGACACCAGUUUGGGGCCCUGGGCAAUCAAUUUUACCGCUGCCUCCCUCAGUUUUUCUCUUCUGUAAAAUGGGGUGAUGAUAGCCCCUCCCUCUAGGUGGUUGUGAGGAUCAAAUGAGAUAAUCCAUGUGGAGUGCUCGGGAAGCCUUAACGCACGCUGCGUGUGCUCGCUGCUAUUACUAUCGUUAUUAUCAUUGUUACUGUUGUCAUUGAAGACCUCAAGAGGCCGAGGGAUUUCUUCAUCCCGGUGGUGUCAGAGACAGAUUUGAACCCAGCUCUCUGUCCUCCCAAGUCUGGUGCUGUGUCCUCUACACCAGCGGUGUCCAACUCAUGGAAACAGGGACCGCUGAGCUACACAUGGAUCCCUGUGGGCCGUACGUCGACUUUAUUUCAAAAUGUAGUAUCUCUGUUUAAUUGUCUUUUUAUCUGUUAUGUUCAGUAUUUCCCAAUUACAUUUUGAUCUGGU